UGACUAGGUAAUAUAUACAUUCAACUCUUGUCCCAGAUCGGGAGGUUCUGUCUCACCUUCCAAGAGACCUCGACUAUAAUAAACCUCAUGGUCGGCACGGGCUGGUUUACACCUCACGACCUCCACCUCACAUUCAUCAACCUUUUCUAGCGUUGGGCGGUAUUUUGUUUUUACACCAGUUAGUCGCGACAUCUGUCUACUUCCAUCAACCAUAGCGCCAACGCUCCUAGCGCAACAUCAGUCUACUCAUCUUGUCACGUCCGAGAGAGUAGUUGUCUAUCUCAUCCAUCAUAGUGCGCCAGUAAUUAUACAACUAAUAAUACAACAACAUGGCCCGUCGGCCGGAGUCUGAUAACUGGCAACGAUGGCCUACACAUCAGCAAUGGCCUGCUCUAUCACCUGCUUUUGUCAUGGAACAGUCUUACGCCAUCACACCCUUGAUACCAAUGCCAACACAUCAAUACCCUGUUCACCAUGGGUUUGUCUAUGAUACAUAUGGUGCACCCGAGACUACGAAUUCAGUUGUACCUUCGGGAAAGCAGUACCUUAAUGAACGCCCAAUGCUAGACAUGAAUCCUGUGACAAUUCAUAGCUUGCCUCAGCCUAUUCCGGAUACCAACCACUUACCUAUCAAACAACACAGCCUCAGUCCUAUUAUCAAAAGCGAGUCGCAGCCCCCAGAGAAUUUGAAGGCCCCUGAAGUAAUGCCUUCAAGCACGACAGAUGGCCAAGCUUCCAAUGUCGUGUUCGCCACGGGUAUCGAUCGACUCAUGAAAGUUAUCCAGCAGAAGAACGACGGAUCUGAAGGGGAUGCGCCGGCCACGCAAACUAAGCCUAAGACCCGUGUAGGUACUAGCAGUACAGAUGGGUCUGCUAGUCGGAAGAAACCAAAGGCGGACACAGGCAACGCGGAACAGAAGGACAAACCUCAUGCCUGCCACAGAAAGAAAUGCCACAAGAGGUUCUCGCAAAUUACUCACCUCCAUAUACAUGAUCGAGCGCACACCGGGGAACGACCUCACAAAUGUACUUUUGCUGGUUGUGACAAGCGGUUCACGCAGAAAGGAAACCUACGGACACAUGAGCGCCGUCACUUGGGUGAAAGGCCUUUCAAAUGCCACUUCGCGGGAUGUACCAGGGCUUUCCCCCAGAAAGGCAACCUUGCGGCUCAUCUUGAGACACACUACAAGCGCAACAAUUUCCGUUGCAUCUUGAAAUCCUGCGGCAAAUCAUUUAGCUCGCGGGGCAACCUUAAGACACACCAGAACAACUACCACAAAGAAGAGCUCCGGGAGCUGGAGCUCAAGUUUGCCAACAUAAGGUCCGUUGCCGACAUGACCGAAGCUGACAAGGAACUUUGGGACUACUUCCUCAAUGUCCACAAGAACAGCAAUAAGGGGAUCAAGGGGCGAGGCAAAGAGUGCAGGGUCGAGCUUCUCCCUCACGCCGGUAGCCUGCCGAACCAAUAUCCGCUCCAGUCACCUGUCGAGCUCCAACAUGCUCCAUACCCCAUGUCACACGGGCUCCCUAACUCCAUGAACUUUGGUCACUUCGGCAUGCAACGGAACAACCUGGGGCAGGACUUUCUGGUCGCCCGGGGCGGGCAUGGAUACGACGUGUACGAGAUAGACCAAGCGAGCAUCUCCAGCGGCACCAUAACACCAGCUAGCUCCCCUGGUGGCAUAUACGACGACCAUCACCGUGGUCUCCCGUUUCACGAGCGGAUAUACUAACUGGGACGCGCCCUUCUUUCGAAACGCGGGACGAUAAGAUGACAUACAUAUUACCACGUGGUAAUUACUUUUUUACGACGGCAGCAAGAAUCGGCGACAAAACAGGACAAAGCCCGCCACACAUACGAGCACAUAACACUCAUAUAAAACCAACACCAGUGGAAGUGGGCGGGCCAUUAUCAACGUAAGCUGGGCGGCAUAUUUCGAAUUCUGAGAUACCAAACAUUGUUAAGACUGGACGAGGACCUUUGACUUUUUCUCACUCUGGAUUUCUCGCUUGCUAUUUUCUGCUUGGUUCCGUUCUGAUUUCUACGUUAUCGCUUCCUCUAUUUUCUCGUUUUUUCUCUCGGUACCGCAUCUAUCCAUCCCAGCAUGCAUGCUGUGGCACGCUGGGUGGCUU